UCCCUUGAAUUGUGAAAGGACCAAUUUAUUAUUCAUGAAACGUGAUCAUGAGCCCCUCGCCUCACCAUUUACCACCCUCACGAAACUACACAAUGUAUUUGUAAUCUGAUGCAAUGUUUCCCAGUUUCUCCUCGUCCAAACAUGUACUGCCUUUCAGGUUUCAUCAGCUCAAAAUCCUUAUAUUCAUUGAAGUUGCUAGUUUGCAUCAGAUCAGUGAGGUUCGUUCGUUGUUUCACUACGAGAAUGUCCAUAGUAGCCGUUAGAAGUGUCGAGGGCGAUGAAAAUUUAACAAUUUCUUUCACCUUUGAGGGAAAAGAUCGAAAAUUGCAGCGGAGUAAAGAUGAAAUCUUGUCCAAGGCUUUGACUAGGAUUGAACUUUCCUCAAAGAAGAAAACAAAAAAGGUGAAAAGGAGUGCUGAUUACCAUGAAAUUGGCGGCAGUUCAGAAGGAAAUGCGACUCUUUGGUUCAGUGGUCAACUAGUUGACUCGAGUCUUACCAAUGAAGUCGCUUGGAGGGAUGGAUCAAUAUUGAAGAUCGGAGCAGAAGCUUUCACUGUGGAAAUAAAUCCUCCGACAGUCACUUCGCUAACCCUACCCGCUAAUCUAAUGUCAGGAUUCCCUGUAAUGCCUUAUCUUCAACUGGAAUUUGGCGACAAACAGUUUUGUCGCUAUAAAUGGUUAAAAUCCACGAAUCAUUGUGACGAACAGGCAAGUUCUGUGCCAGCUUCCUCACAAGAAGUGUUGAGCUGGGUGGAAGUCGGGAAUGAUUUCCUGUACACUCCUUCAGUAGUUGAUGUUGGCUGUUAUCUUAAACUGACUUGUUCACCAGGAAAUAUCAGGAAAGUCAGUAGCAUCACAUCAGAAGCCGCAACCUCUGUAACUGUAGCUGCAGGCCCAGGAACAUGCCCGUUUGAUGCCAGACACCUGUUCACUAAAAAGAAAACCCCCGACUCCAGCACCUUUAGGGUUGUGUCUUAUAACAUUCUAGCAGAGGCAUAUUCUAAGGAAGAGUUUGCGCAGAAAAUUCUCUAUCCAUAUUGUCCACCAUAUGGUUUGGACAUCAGUUACCGUCAGCAGUUAUUGCUGAAGGAAAUUCCUGGCUACAAUGCAGACCUUAUCUGCCUUCAAGAAUGCGGGUCAAAAUUAUUCAAGCAUAAUUUAAGACCUGCUCUAGAAACCAUGGGGUUUAAAGGUCUUUUAAGAUGUAAAGCUGGAGAGGUUCCAGAAGGAGAAGCCACAUUCUUCAGAGAAAGCAAGUUUGCUUUGAUAAGUCAACAUGACAUUGUGUUAAAUGAAGCCCUUCUCAAGGAUUCUAUACAAGGAGUGGUCUUAGACCAUGUCUCAGCCAUUCCAAUUUUACACGAAACUUUGCUGAAGAGGAAUGCAGUGGUUCAAGUUUCUAUACUCAAAGUUUUGGGUAUUGACAAUCAAUUCAUCUGCGUAGCCAACACACAUCUCUACUACAAACCCAAGUAUCCUCAUAUAAGGUUGCUUCAGGGUGCAAUUAUUUUGAAUCACCUGCAGAAAGUCAUUUCACAGUUUACUUCUAACCACAUCAAUGGCAAUUUCAGUGAGCGAGAGAUCCCAACAAAUGCCACUGAUACUACCAAUUGGGAGUCCCUUGAGGUUGCUAACAAAGGAUUGCAUGUUCAGCCACAGAUUGCUGUUGUGUUUUGUGGCGAUUUCAACAGUUUGCCAAGAAGUGGAUUGGUUGAACUCCUGACAACUAGUCAUAUUGAUUCCACACAUCGAGACUGGACAGUAUGUGAGGAUAAGGAAGAGCACUGCACAACCUUGAAUAUCAGCCAUGAUUUUAAUCUUUUCUCAGCGUGCAAUUUUCCUCCAUUCACAAACUACACCAGUGGCUUUAAAGGGACCUUAGAUUAUAUUUUUGCUGAUGGAAAGUACCUUGAAGUGGAAUCAGUUCUUCCCUUGCCAAGUGAAGAGGAACUAUCAUUACAUUUGGCUCUGCCGUCUGUCGUGAUGCCUUCAGAUCAUUUAGCUUUGGUCUGUGAUCUUAAGUGGAAAUUGUGAACACACGCCAUUAAUAUUUGAACAGCUUAAAUGAUAAGUACUUUGCAGAAUCCACAGUGUCUUAAGCAUUUUAAGCUAAUUUGUUCUUAUAAAUCAUCAUUAUGUACAGCUGGCCACCUGAAAGUUGGAGUGUUUAUGGAAAGUGCUUGCCCACACCUAAAGCUAUCUCGCCUUUCACUCCCAUGAUUUCAUUUGCAGAGGAAUUCUCCUUACUACCUGUCAGACAACUCUUAUGGUCUUAGUUCAGAGAAUUUGGUAUUAGAUCAACUAAUACUCCCCUAGUUAAUAUGUUUCUUUAUUAUAUAGCUGUGUCUCACAAGGACUGGGAACUACCAAAUUCAUGAAUUUGAUUGGCUGAAAUCAAUAUUGAAAGCU